UGACAAUAAUUAUUCUAAUGGAGUCUCUUCCUGUAGUGGAUCUUUCCUCUCCUGAUAAGAAAGAGACUGCUUCUCGUAUUGUUCAUGUAAUGGAGACUGUUGGAUUUCUAUGCUUGGACAAUGUACCUGGUUACAAUAUCGAGGCAGAGGAAGAACUAAUGGAGGCAAACAAAUGGUUCUUUUCUCUACCUCUCGAGAAGAAACUAAGCGUGGCAAGAUACCUUCACAAUAAUAAGAACAGGAACUUUUAUCGUGGCUAUUUUGGUCUAGAUAAAGAUUAUAGCUCGUACAAGGAAGGUUAUGAGUUUGGGCAGGAUAGCAGUACUUGUCCCGGCUAUGAAAGGGAGUCAGAUGAAGGGUUUCCAUUGACUGAGAAUAAUGUGUGGCCUCAACCUGAUCCUAAUGAGAAUGAAGACGAAAGAAAGUUUUAUACGAAGUUCAAGGAGACAGUAGGAAAACAUUACAUGAGAAUGAUGUCAGCAUCAGUCGAAUUCCUACAGCUCUUAGCUAUCGGGCUAGGAUUGCCUGAGACAUACUUCCACCACCUCUUUGUUCCAGACACACUCUCAACUCUACGUCUUCAACAUUAUCCUCCUAGAGAGUUUGCUCCUCCUGACAAAGCAAUAGAGGAUGGGCAGGUAGUAGUGUGUGAGACACAUGUGGACAGCGGGUUUGUGACGUUAUUGAUAACGUUUGGUUUCACUGGUCUUCAAGUGUUGCUACAGAAUAACAGUUGGCUUGAUGUUAAACCACGUCCUGGAUCACUAGUUGUUAAUUUAGGUAAGACACUCUCAGAAUCAACAGGUGGUAGAAUAAAAGCUACCAAGCAUCGUGUGAUUGAUCCUGGAGGGGAAUGAUACAGUUUACCAUUCUUCCUUGAGCCUGGCUACUUUGCUAAGGUACCUUUGUCUUUAUCACCGAAAGGAAAUACAUUUAGAGAGGAAAGUGAGUACAUGCAGUAUGGACCCUGGCUCAUCCAGAGCAUGAAGAAGUUUGCUGAAAGUGGGGAUGUUUUACAAAUGGUGGAACAGUCUGGAUACUACAAAAGACAAUAAAUGUUUUGACUUUGUUAUUUAUAAUAGCUUAUUAUUUUUUACUUUUGAUAACACCAGUAAAAAUAAUUACUUAGACUUUUGUACUAAAAAUAAUGGCAGUGUACAAAAAAAAACAAAUUUAUCAACUAUUUGUAUUCAG